UGGCUUUUAUUCGUAUUUAGGUAUUGUCUGUUUGGAUUUUGUGGACCAUUAUUUUGGGAAUUUCAUCACUAAAAUUUCGUAGCCUUCCGAGCUUCGUUCCACUUUGGUUAUAUAAAUGGUAAUGUGCAUAAAACAGUUUGCAGUACGACGCGCAGACUCAGUCCUUCAACUUGAGCACUUCAACAAAUUUUAAUCCGACUAGGGCCCUUCUAAUAUGAAGAUCCUUGCUUUUAUCUUGUACAUGUUUGUGGCCUCAGCCAAUAGUGGAUACACACUUGCCGGGAGUACUUUCAACGAUGGUUUCGACUUUGAUGGCGAUUUCGGCAAGGACGGUUGGCAUGGAUUGAGUCAAGAUUUGAGCGAUGGUGAAAAAACGUCAUUGUCCGCAGAGCAUAAAGACGCCAGCGAUAUUGGUGAUUACGGAGGAGUCUUUGGAAGUGGCAAACCAAUUACCGAAGUGAUGCAAGAAGAAGGCGAAGGUGUCCAAGGCGAUUACGGAAAGUUUACGGAAUUUACGGAAGAUGGCGGUUCCCUAGGAGGUGGCGAUGGCACUGGUUGGUACGGUUUUUCCGGCGGAAACAGUGACUUCAGUGAACACAACCAAGCGGAAAAGGUUGUUCGCGAAGAAGCUGGGACUGGAGGACUUGGUUCGUUUAGAACACCUCAACCCCACGACGCACUCGGAACACAUGGAGAUCUCGGUGAGUUCAGUGCCGGGCAAAGCAUUUUUGAUAGUUACGUAGCUGUCGGGGAAUAUAAAAGCCACUUUGGUGUCGACCAAUUUGGUGAAGACCAUUUCGACCAAGAAGUGAAGGGUUUUCAAGACGAAGGCAAUAAUGAAGGCACCACCAAUUUCAAUCAAUUUGGUGGCUUUGAGGAUUUUCUUGGACAACAAGAAUACAAAAUAAGCAAGGAUAUUCAUGCGGAUGAUGAUAGUCACGGUUAUCACGAAUACGGUGGAUUCAGCACUGCUAACGGUGGGUUUGAUCAUACCGGUUUCGAAGGUUUUGAAAACGAAUUUGGCGGAUACAAGUCUGGGGACGGUCAUUCAGAUGUUGCAUAACACAAAUGGUUAUAAGUGACUUGUGGACCACAAUCAUCACAAACACUAAUGUUGUUAUUGUUUUAUUAGAAAUUGUUGUAAAACUAAGAAAAUUUUUAAUUUAUAAUUAUAUUAUUAUUUAAGUCCAAUAUAUACAUAGUACA